CCCCACCACACCACACAGUGACUCGAUCUGUAAGGCAGGGACCAACUCAUCAUCAAUGAUUUCACUUAUAAAAAACAAAAUAAACCACCUUGCUCCUCCAACACACCACUAUUCUUCACUCCUCCUCCUCCCUCUCUCUUCCAAACACACAUCCUCAACCAUGGCAGCACCAUCUUCAGAGACAAAGUCACCAUCAUCCUCGAACACGCAGCUUCCGCUGAAACCAAUCCCAGGCAGCUACGGAAUGCCGUUUUUUGGAGCAAUAAGCGACAGACACAACUACUUCUACCACCAAGGACGCGACAAGUUCUUCGCGACGAGGAUUGAAAAACACAACUCCACCGUGAUCCGAACCAACAUGCCUCCGGGGCCCUUCAUCUCCUCGGACCCUCGUGUCGUCGCGUUGUUGGACGGUGCCUCCUUCCCGAUCCUCUUCGACAACGACAAGGUCGAGAAGCUCAACGUUCUCGACGGCACCUUCAUGCCUUCCACCAAGUUCACCGGCGGGUUCCGCGUCUGCGCCUACCUCGACACCACCGAACCCAACCACGCACUCAUCAAACAGUUCUUCCUUAACGUCCUCGCCAAGCGAAAAGACUCUUUUGUCCCUCUGUUCCGAAACUGCCUCCAGGAGUCGUUCGCGGAGAUUGAGGACCAGUUGAGUAAAAACACCAAAGCGGACUUCAACACUGUGUUCAGUGACGCUUCCUUCAACUUCAUGUUCAGGUUGUUCUGUGAUGGCAAAGACCCUUCGCAGACCAACCUCGGUUCUAAGGGACCGAAGCUCGUGGACACAUGGCUUCUCUUUCAGCUGGCCCCACUGGCAACUCUAGGCCUCCCCAAAAUCUUCAACUACAUCGAAGACUUCCUAAUCCGCACACUCCCUUUCCCCGCGUGCCUCACAAAGUCCGGCUACAAGAACCUCUACGAGGCCUUUAAAACGCACGCAACGACAGCACUCGACGAGGCCGAAAAGCUAGGCCUCAAACGAAACGAAGCGUGCCACAACGUCGUUUUCACUGCAGGGUUCAACGCCUACGGAGGGUUAAAGAACCAGUUCCCCUACGUCUUAAAAUGGCUAGGGCUAAGCGGCGAAAAGCUCCAUGCUGACCUCGCGCGUGAGGUUCGGCGCGUGGUGAACGACGAGGGAGGUGUCACGUUCACCGCGUUGGAGAACAUGCCUCUCGUGAAGUCCGUGGUGUACGAGGUAAUGCGGAUCGAACCUGCGGUGCCGUACCAGUACGCACGCGCGAGGGAGAACCUUGUCGUUUCGAGCCAUGACGCGUCGUUUGAGGUGAAGAAGGGGGAGAUGCUGUUCGGGUACCAGCCGUUUGCGACGAGGGAUCCGAGGAUCUUCGAGGAUGCUGAGGUGUUUGUUCCGCGGAGGUUUGUUGGGGAGGGGGAGAAGAUGCUGAAGCACGUGCUGUGGUCGAAUGGGAGGGAGACGGAGGAGCCUUCGGCGAGUAAUAAGCAGUGUCCCGGGAAGAAUCUGGUGGUGCUGCUGUGCAGGUUGUUUCUGGUGGAACUCUUUUUGCGUUAUGAUACGUUUGAGUUUGAGUAUACGCAGGCUGGGUUUGGUCCUACUAUUACCAUUAAGUCCCUCACUAAGGCCUCUACCAUCUGAGUUUGGGGUUUAUUAUCUUCCUUGUGGCAGCGUGGUUUUAGCUUAAUUUUUAAAAAAAUGUAUGUGUUUUUAACUUUUUGUUUUUUUCUAAAGACAUGUUGUAAAAAAAAUAAGCGAUGUUUUUUUUAAAUUUAAUUUGGACCGAAAAUAUUAUUAUUAUUGUUAUAUAUUAUAUAUUAAAAACAAUUUUAUAUUAAAAUUGUGUGUACGUCUAUUUAAUAGAGCAUAUA